ACAGCACAAGAAGUUUGAGACCAGUUAUCAGUCCGGACCUAUCCUCAUCCAAACUUCACCUCAUCUGAGCCAACAUGUUCACCUCUCGGUUUGCUAUGCUGUCUAUGGUUUUCCUGGUACUGAGUGCCAUCACAUUAAGCGAAGGGCUUCGCAUGGCAAGUGGACCGAAGAAGUGUUGCUUUGAUUUUGUUGAACGUCCGAUACCCAAACAGAGAGUGGUGUCUUACACCAUGACCAGCCAGCAGUGCGCCAACCAAGCAGUUCUGUUCAGGACUCAGAGAAGACAGGUGUGUGCCAGGCCCUCAGACAAAUGGGUGAAGGAGUACAUGAUCUUCCUGGACAGCAAGAACUCUGGGAAGCAAAUUCCAAUGUAACCACAUUGACCCACAUCUGUAUCAACAUCGAAGCAAAUCCUUCAGAACCUCUUUUGUUCCUUGGUUACACAGCAAGGACAAAAGCUCUGUCUCAGAGGCAGAGAGCAGCCAUGGUCUGAAUUGAAAACACCAUCUGGAUAAGCUACAUCUAUACUGUAUGACCUGAUCACUGUGAACAGCAUGUGCUGUUUAGUAUGUCUAUAUUGUCCACCUCUUUCUUUACCUGUUGAUGCCUGCAAACAAACACUGAAGAAUUAUUGGACUGAGAAUGAUUGUCAGUAUUUAUUAUUGUUAACUAAAGCCAAACAAGACACCAGUAAAACUGAUAAAUUUGAAUGAGUUGUGGAUACUUGUGAUAAGAAUAAUUUAGAUAGGUGUUUCAGAAUUUCCAAUGAAUCUUCUGGAAGAUAUUUUACAUUGAGUUAUUUUUGAUUGUUUAUGGAAGUACAGGCAACAGGCCUAUAAUCUGUUUAUUGCUUUCAAUUAAUUAAAGGAGCUUACAAUUGGAUU